ACAAACAGGUUUGGUGUUAAAUGUCACUUUUCAAUUUAUUUAUUAAAGAUUUUAUAUAGUAUUUGUGAAUAUAUUUAAAACGUUUGUUAAUUUUAAUCAGCCAACAUGUUAGCGUUAAUGAACAGGAUAUUAGACUGGUUUCGCAGUUUAUUUUGGAAAGAAGAAAUGGAAUUAACAUUAGUUGGUCUUCAAUAUUCAGGAAAAACAACAUUUGUUAAUGUUAUUGCGUCGGGGCAAUUUAGUGAAGAUAUGAUACCAACGGUGGGUUUCAAUAUGAGAAAAAUCACAAAGGGUAAUGUAACAAUUAAAGUUUGGGAUAUUGGUGGACAACCAAGAUUUAGAUCAAUGUGGGAACGUUAUUGUAGAGGUGUAAAUGCUAUUGUCUACAUGGUAGAUGCAGCUGAUCCUGACAAAAUAGAAGCCUCCAGAAAUGAACUUCACAAUUUACUGGAUAAACCUCAGUUAGCAGGGAUACCUGUCCUGGUGCUUGGUAAUAAGCGAGACAAACCUCAAGCUUUAGAUGAAAAUGGCCUUAUUGAACGAAUGUAA